AUGGGGAUUAAUCCUGAUUCUGUGGUGUGUAACUAUCAGGCCUACCUCCAAAAGUUGAUUAGCUGGAAGAAGUUCCCUGAGAUUUUGAAGAACCUGCCUAAUAUUGAACUCAAACAGCUUAAAGUUAUAAAGGUUAAUUGGGAGAAGCCACCUUAUCCUUUCAUCAAAAUAAACACUGAUGGAAGUUUCACCAACAAGAAAGCAGGCAUUGGUGGAAUAUUUAGAGACCACUCUAACAAAGUUUUGCUGUAUUUUAAGGCCCCCUACAUUGUUUUUGAUGACUUGGAGACUAAAGCCAUUGUUAUUUAUUGGGCACUCAAAUUUGCCAUGGAAAUUCAGUGGAAUUGGAUUAUUGCUGAAGUGGACUCUUCCCUACUGGUGGAUCUGAUCACUGAAAACCUUUCCCCCCCUUGGCAUAUUAUCCAGUGGAUGCACAAGAUAAAGAAACUUAUCAGUGAAAUUAAGCUACAAAUCUCCUUUGUUUAA